AUGGCAAUGACUACGGCGGCGGCGGCGAUCAUGGUCGGAGAGGGCGCAAUUGCAGUUCAUCAACAACUGUCCUCAAAUCACCAUGCAAUCCAACGAAAGUUCCGGCAGCGGCGGCAGCGGUUCACUGCGACGGGGCGGCACCAUGUGUAUAAGGGCAUAAGGCGUAGGGCAAGUGGGAAAUGGGUGUCUGAAAUUCGUGAGCCGAGAAAACCUAAUAGGAUUUGGCUUGGUACGUUUCCUACACCUGAAAUGGCUGCCAUUGCUUAUGAUGUGGCGGCACUUGCCCUAAAAGGCGAAGGCAUGGAGCUUAACUUCCCCAACUCUGUUGCUUCUUUACCGGUGCCUGCAUCGACCUCCCCUCGCGAUAUCCAGGCAGCGGCGACGUCGGCUGCAGCGGCUUUAGGGGCUGCAAACGAUGCUUUAGUCGGGAAUGAAGGUAGGAACAACAACUGGAUAGGCGCGGAGAAACCAAGUGCUGGCCGUGAUGAUUUUGUCGAUGAGGAUUUGAUAUUCGAUAUGCCUAAUGUUCUUGUCAAUAUGGCUGAAGGGAUGCUUCUUAGUCCUCCUCCAUUGGACGUUGAUUCCGAUCAAACACCUCCCGCCGGUUACGACGGAUGCUCCGAGACCCUAUGGGAAUUUCCUUAA